AUGUCGGGAAUAAACUCAGCAAGGAAAUUAAGACGUAACAGACACGCCCGUCUAUACGCAAUAAAGUACUAUCGCCGCAAGAAAAGAGGAACUGCUUAUCACGAAGCACCGAUAGGUAAGGCUCCUUUUGCGCGUGGCAUAGUGCUAGACAAAACGUAAGUGAUUUCUAAUUUAGAUAGGGACAUCUGAGGAUGAUGAAUCUAUGGUAUGAUACUAACUUAUAGCGGAGUAGAGGCGAAACAGCCAAACUCGGCCGUCCGUAAGGCGGUCAGGAUACAGCUCUGUGGUUCAGGCAAGAAGAUAAUUGCGUUCGUGCCGUACGAUGGCGGGUUAAACUAUAUUGAGCAUAAUGAUGAGGUAACGGUGAUGGGAUGCGGUAAGAAAGGACGAUCGGUGGGAGAUAUCCCAGGAAUAAGGUACAAGGUAUGUAAAGUGCAGGGAGUUGCGAUCAAGUCACUGGUGACCAAGAAGAAGCAGAAACCAUCGCGAUAA